UACAACGUGGACAGAACAUGAGCAACUAUUCAACUAUUGAAAGGUACUCUAGAAGGACAACCCUUAUUUGUGAGUGAACACACAGCUGCUUGUUCCUAGAUGGAAACCCGGACAGAACGUUGGUGGCCAGAAGCAGAGUUACAUAUAUUAAAAAUUGGUUUUAAAAAUAUGAGUAACAGAUUGUAAUAUUGAAAUAGCUGUACACACGUAUUGACUGCUUUCCUGCUGCCAGUGCCAGCCCUCGUGUUUCCGCCCAGCGCAUUUGACGAGACCACAUUAACAUCACGGCACAAAAUUAACCACAUCAUUUUCACACCAGAACUUGUGAACUAUUCAGGGCAGCAACGGGGGAAGCCUGAAGGUUAUUUAUUAACGCAACAGGGCCUCGAAUCCGCGGCUUCUAACUGCUACAUCAGAGCCAACACAAGCAGACUGACGUGAUUUCAAGCGUCCGCCACACCACGCAGCCCUCGGCAGGCUGCGUGCCGUCGAGCUUCCCGCCCUCGGGGCCGCGGCGUCCCUGCAGACACGGCCGGGCCGCACGAUGCCGGCAGCGCUGCCUCGCGCCGCGGCUGGGCACAAAGGCACGGCGUGAUGUCGACGCGGCGCCGGUGGGCGCGCGGGCAUUGUGCGGCGCCCGGCCACGUGCCGCACGCGUGGGCUCUCAGCUGUACGCGUACUGAUCUCAAGCUACGAAAAGUUUAUUUCUUCACCGUCGCGAUGCUCGCGUAAUCGAAAUCCUGCUCCUUUUCUAUCUUCUCGAUUUUACGGGACACACCUCCCCUCCUGCCCAACAGUAAAAGGCUGCAAAGUGCGGCCAAUGCUGUUCAGCCACCAUUCGGCACUCGCCGCCCCUCCACCGGCCGCUCGCGGCGCCCACCGCUGCCGCUCGGGGCGGGAUGCCGGCAGGCGCGGGGCGCGGAGGGUCUGAGGGCGGCGGCGCCCCCCCGGACCGGGGGGCGGGGGCGAGCACCGUCCCGGCCGGCGCUGAUCUCACGCUCCCAUUGGCCGCUGUCUGCGCUGACGUCACGAUCAUGAUGAGAAUUAAUGAUCGGAGGCGCUGAUUUCAUUGUGUGACGCCGGGACCGACCCAGCCGAAACCGGCUGAAUCCGGAGCCCCGAGCCCCCCAGACCGGCCCCGCGCAGCACGAUUGUUCCCAGCGCUGUCACUUGAACAUCAACAUGCAUGCCAAAGCUGCCUCAUUUUAUUAGCAGAGCAGGCAGAUGUUGAAUUGUUCCAAACACAGCUUUGUUACCCCAAGCUCUUAUUGAAGUUUCAAUGUGUUGCCCACCAGCUGGACGCCUGGUUUUCCAAAAAACUCCUACGUGUCUUUUCUAAGCUUGACGACUCAAGAUUAAAAUUAAAUUAUGAUAAGAAUCCAUGUGGAUUUCUAACGUGGAGUCUGCAGUUCAAGAUAAAGAUGAAUCUGCGUUCUGUAUUUACUGUAGAACAGCAAAGGAUAUUACAGCGUUAUUAUGAAAAUGGAAUGACAAAUCAAAGUAAAAAUUGUUUUCAGCUCAUAUUGCAGUGUGCACAAGAAACUAAACUGGACUUCAGUGUAGUCAGGACCUGGGUUGGCAAUAAAAGAAGGAAGAUGAGCAGCAAGAGUGCUGUAGAAUCUGGAGGUGCUCCCCCAGGGACUGCCCCUGCUGCUCCCUCGGUACCGCCAGAAGCAGCAGUUAGAAAUGUGGUAAAUAUUGCUCGGUCCCAAAGUCAGCAGUCUUCUUGGACCUCUUCUAAUAACGAUGUAAUAGUUACUGGUAUAUACAGUCCUGCUAGUUCAUCCAGUAGGCAGGGAUCCACCAAGCAAACAAGUGCUUCAAUGGCAGAAAUACAUAAAACCUCUAUUCCAAGACUACCAGGAAAAAGUGAUGCAGACUUUCAGCAGCAGCACAUCCCUAUAGGACGACAAAUACCACACUGUAAAAAUGCCUCACUAUUAGUAGGGGAAAAAACAAUUAUUUUAUCUAGACAAACAAGUGUACUGAAUUCUGCGAACUCCAUUUAUAGUCACACAAAAAAAAGCUAUGGUGGUUCAUCUGUCCAAACUGCAGAGUUGGUGUUACCUCAGAAACCAAUGAUAUGCCACAGGCCCUGCAAAGCUGAACUCAUGGGAUGUCAGAGGUUACAAAAACCAGAACAUGCAGCCCUUGCAUCGCAUGUGCCCCCUGGACAAAGGGCUAACACUAGGGACCCUUCUUGUAGCACACAAAACCUGGAAAUCCGCGAGGUGUUUUCUCUGGCGGUUACAGAUCAACCUCAAAGAAUUGUGGGAGGAAGUACAGCACAGAAGCACUGCUCAGUGGAAGGCAGCUCUCUGUCCAUUGCGAUGGAAACUGGAGAUGUGGAUGAUGAAUAUGCUAGAGAAGAAGAACUAGCAUCCAUGGGAGCACAAAUACAAAGCUAUUCAAGAUACUGUGAAAGUAGCAGUUCUGUUCGAGUGGAGAACCAAAGUGCAGCCUUGUCUGGGCCAGGAAGAAAUGUGAGCUGUAGUUCUCAGAUGGUGAAUGCCAGGGACGUGCCUGACAGUAUGCUGUAUCACAGCAGAGACUACCACUUGCCUGCACGGACCUCAUUACAUACAUCCAGUACAUUAUAUAACACUGCUAAUACAUCAAGAAGUACUUUUUCUCCUCAUUUUACAUCUUCAAAUCAACUGAGGCUGUCACAAAACCAAAAUAAUUACCAGAUUUCAGGAAACCUUACUGUGCCUUGGAUUACAGGUUGUUCCAGAAAAAGAGCAUUACAGGACCGCACCCAAUUUAGUGACCGAGACUUGGCGACCCUAAAGAAAUACUGGGACAAUGGCAUGACCAGCCUGGGCUCAGUCUGCAGAGAGAAAAUAGAAGCUGUUGCUGCAGAAUUAAAUGUUGACUGUGAAAUAGUGCGGACGUGGAUUGGGAAUCGAAGACGGAAGUACCGUUUAAUGGGGAUUGAGGUCCCACCCCCUAGAGGAGGUCCUGCUGAUUUCUCUGAUCAAUCUGAAUUUGUUUCUAAAUCAGCACUUAAUCCAGGAGAGGAAACUGCUACUGAAGUGGGGGAUGAUAAUGAUAGGAAUGAUGAAGUAUCAAUCUGCUUAUCUGAAGGAAGCUCACAAGAAGAAACAAAUGAAGCUCUUCAAAAUGAAGAAAUUCAUCACAAAGAUGAUGAGCGGAAUCCAGUAGCUGCUGAUAAUGUGAAAAUAGAAAUUAUAGAUGAUGAAGAAAGUGAUAUGAUAAGUAAUUCUGAAGUGGAUCAAAUGAGUUCUCUUUUGGAUUACAAGAAUGAAGAAGUCAGAUUCAUUGAAAAUGAGUUGGAGAAUCACAAACAGAAGUAUUUUGAACUGCAGACGUUUACACGGAGUUUGAUACUUGCUAUUAAAUCAGAUGAUAAGGAACAGCAGCAGGCACUGCUCUCAGACUUACCUCCUGAAUUAGAAGAAAUGGAUUUCAAUCACACAUCACCAGAGCCUGAUGAUACCUCAUUCAGCUUGUCGUCUUUAUCGGAGAAAAAUGCCUCAGACAGUUUGUGAUUUUACUUCAUUUUUUUAAUUAUUUCUAAUUGACAGGAAGAAACCUCACAUAAUGUGUAGGUUUCAAGAGGACAGCAUUUUGCUGUACAGCGUUCUUCAACCCAAAAAGGAAAAGCCCAAGGUGAAGUAGACCUCCCUGAAGAAUGACUGUAGUACAUAGUGGCUGCGGUUUGCAAUGUCAAGAAAUGUUGAGUGUUGUUUCUGCUAAAUGAAAGAACUGUGUGAGGAAAUGUUUCACUUCUAGCAGUUUGGCCUUGGUUAGGAUAACUUCUGACUUUCCAAAAUAACACUUGCUCUGUAGCAAAGACUUUUUGAGCAGGGAUCCAAGAGUGGAAAACAAAUGUCCUGUUACACAAACAGCCAGUUUUUCAGAGUUGCUUGCUCACUAUUCCUGGUUUUAAUUUUUUCCUAAUUUUGACUCAGGUAGGUGGACUAAAAAUUGAGAAUCCAAAUAGAAUAAUGAGCUCUUUUGAGUUGUGCUUGAACUCUUUGCAGAUCUGAAAUUAAACUAAAGUGUGUUUCGUCACAUGACUUCAGAUUGUUUAAUCUUAACAUUUUGUGACCAAAACAAUGGAAAACACUUUAAAAGUCUAACUGAAUAAUUCAAAUCAUCACCGAACUGCUGAUGUACAGAAUCUGUCUGUAAGCAGUUCGCCCAUGAGAUCAUGUGGGAAACCUGGUAGCUGCUCUGUGUGACUUUUCCUGAGACUCUCACAACAGCAGUGGGUUAAACAGGUUCACAUGCAGUUUUAUGAUUCUAUGAAUGUAGUUAUCUUUUUUUAUUUGUAGAGGUGUAGUGCUGAAGUUCUGUUCAUUGUUUUAAGUACCACCUAUAUACUUUUAACAAACCUUACUCCCCUUUAUCAAGACGCUCUCUUAAAUCCGUUAUGCCCUGAAAGGCAUUGAAGUGUUUAGAAUUGAGCGUUACAGACUUCCUACAUGUGACCUGGUUUUGAAGUAGCCUUGUCUGACAAGUUUUUUUGGCACUACCACGUCACAGUUGUCAUUUUCAAACCGUGAGCUUGAUUGCAGGCAGUGGCUGGAAUGAGUUUCUGCUUUCCCAGCUGUUGGUUGCAUUGAAUCCCUUUCCUCAUCUGAAUAAAUGGAUGUGCAGACACAUUCGGAUGAAUUUAAUGGGGUUUGUAAGCGCGUGCCCAUGUUAUUAAUGCUCUGUAUCUUCUAAUCUGUAUAUUCCUCAACAAGCAUUUUCAAAACCUACUUUCACACUUUGUUAAAAAGCCCGAUCUUUCAAUUUUACACGGAGUAAUAACACAGUCUGGCGAGUCUCUGUUCGUGCAGUGCAGUAAGUAAUCCCAUUGAUUUCAGUGUAGGUCCUAGGUGAGGCUCACAAAAUUCAGGAGUGGUGGCACGUAGGAGAUGACCCAGAACAUUUUUUUCUUUAAUACUGGGAUUGACUCACUAAUGAUUUCAGGUUUUCUCUGUCUGGUCCUCCCUCAUCACUCCUGCAGAUUUUGUAUUCUUAGGAUCUGUGCUGAGCUCUGUUCUGCCAUCUUUUUUUCCCAGUGUUGUACUUGGGCAUGCAGGAUUUUUUACAGUAUUGCUAAGUGCCAGUUGCAUAAAGGUUUAAAAAAAAAAAGUUUCACUGUUCUGAAAUUCUGAUUACCAUAUAAUAAGGUUAGUAUGUAGUCCUCAAAAAACCUCUUACAGAGUAACCCCACAAAUGGAAGCUGUUAGGCCUGCACUUAAGUUAAUGUCUUAACUCAAUAAUAGCAUCCCCAGAGAGAGAGGAGGCACUGUGUAAGCUGUGUGUGAGCUGUGGGCUGCUCACACGCUCACUGCCUCCACUGAAGUAUCACACCCUGGCUGGGAGGUGAAUGCUGAUAUCUCAAAGGAGGAGCUUUAUUUCAUGUGCCUGAUGAAAUGACCACCGGUUUAGAAGUAAUUUAGGUUUGUUAGCAAAGUUCACAGCACUAGCCUUCAAAUGUAAGGAGGAAUUCAACUGUAAUUCUGCUCACUCUGAAAAAAAAUCUUUUACAAAGGGUUUUCUGUACUUAGUUAACAAUACUCUCUGAUACUGUUCUCUCUAGAUAGGGAAUUUCUGCCACUGACAAUGAAACCUCUGUGAGCUUUGCUAAAAUUUAAAAAAAGAAAAAAAAAAAAGUUAUUUACCAUUAUUUGGACCCUAUUUUCCUGCUGCUUUUGCUUGAAUUCCCAAUGCAAAUGGCAGGAUAGACUUGAUUUCACAGUCAGUUAAAUUAUCCACUUUUCUACAAGAAAAUUUUAAUUGAUAAUGUCUCAUAUUUGCUCUGUCUUGCUUUUAUUUGAUGUGCCAAACAAGUGGAAGGAAUUACUUUUGAAUGAACUACUGUCAGAUUCAAGCACUUAUGCAAGUCCCUUUGCUAAAGGGACUGGAACUGCUGUUAAGGAAGUGCAGCUAGAACUCUGGCUGCAGUCAGCACCCACACACUGUGCCUCUGGGCAUGUGGUUCUUUGGUCCCCUUCUGCAUGACAAGCCAAAACAUAGCACAGUAGUCCUGUUUUCAUACCCUGAAACAUUUGGCAAUAUUACAGCAAUUCAGAAAGAAGGUGUGUAAAUGAUAUUCCUGUAUAACAGAAUACAGGGGAUAAUAAUGUACAGCUGCUUGUUCAGGUGUUUUGUUUUUCAGUGUGUAUUUCCUGUCAUAGGUAGAACAAAAAUCUGAAUGACAUUUUACCACUGCUGUUUUUUUUUUUCAUAUUGCAGCAAGAAUAGUUUUGCAGUGCAGUGGUUGGAAAGCUACACACUUGCUUGGAGGUUCUGUAACAUAAAACAUAACGCUCCCUGAGAAUUACACGCAGUACGUAUCUAAGUCGUGCAGAUCAGACCAGCAGCACGCAUGCUUUAUGGCUUUGUGAUUUUUUUUCCUUUGCCUGUGUCCCUGACAGACAAGUUUCUACACAAAUGUUCUGCUCAAAUUAUGUCCAAAUCCAGAUAUCCUGCAUCUAACUUGGCCUUAGAACAGUGUGAGGGAGUUUGGCAUUGUUGCCAUCCAUUUUCCUGGCCAACUUUGUCUUAGCAGUUGUGCUGACAAGCAUCAGAUUCUAAUACAAGGGUCACCAGGAUACUCAUUUCUGCUCUGAAGGUGCUUUAGAAGAUGGAAAAUUAUAGGUGAUAGCUGUCUGUGCCCAGGACUUUGCUUAGGGUUUUGGUUUGUGUUUACUGCCUCUGAUCAGUGGAUGACCACAGAACACAUCUGUAUAGACUGUAAUGACAGAGAAAGCUAAUAUUGUGUUGUGUCAUGAUGAAAGAAAUAAGCCUUCCUUUACUAUCUCACUGAUAGUGACAGCAGCAGACGUGCCAGGUAUUGAUGUUCUCAUCGUCUUUCUGCUAAGGCUCUCAUUUGCUUUGUCCAUGGAAGAUGACUUUGCAGGUGUUCUUUAUUCCUAAUGCAUCUGUAGGAAUAUGAAUGAUUAAGUAUGUCUUUCUGAAGAAGGCAAAGUGAAAGAAGGUAGUUCUUAGGCACUUAGAAACAGGACGCUCUCCCUUCCUUAGGGAGCACUGAAAUUCUUUGAUGCUAGCAAGCUUGCUUAUACUUCAGAAAGCUGUUUCCUGAAGCUAUGCCUCUUUUCAUUUCCCUGCAGAUGAUGCUUCUGUCAAGUCUUUAGAUCUGGCAGGAGUGAGUAAUAGUAAAUAUUCUAACAGGUAAAUUUUGGCAGAUUUAAAACUACGUGAACAGAUGUACUAUACAAGUGUCAAUUUUCUUCAGUACUUAGUUCUUGAAGCAACACUGCACUUUAAUCUUUCCAAGUAUUUCUUUUUUGCUAAGGCAAUAAAAAGUCUGAAAAUGACAAGCAGAUCAUGGACUUUGCGGUCUCUGAGGAAGAGAAAAGGAAUGUAUAACUUACAACUUCAUCUUCUAAACUCGGGAAGCAGUCAUCAGGUCUGCUCACCAAACAGAGGCAGCAAUCUCUACUGUUGUUGAUACAGAGUUGAAAUGAUAGGACAAAUCAACUGUAUCAUAGCGUCUUUACUGUAGAAAUGACUGCUCAGAAUUCAUCAGCUAUCUGCUUUGGGGUCUCUGUAGCACUGCCCUGUUAGUGAUGUUGAAGAUGAUAAUGCACAGCACUAAUUUUUCCAGAGGUACUGUAGUCGUAGCUGACUGUUGGUCUCAGGAUAGUGACAGAAGACAAAGAUAAUAUGCAUAAAUGGAAUAGCACACAGAAUAUCUGAACCAUGAAGAAUGAGCAAUUUGUAAUGUUGCAACCAAAAGCUUAAUUUACUACCUCCAGUCCUGCUGCCCAGAUCCUUCAGAUCAGCUGGGAACCACGAGGCUGCUUUAUGCAUGGGGGGACUGGCAGCUGCCUGACAUUCAGCCUUCAUUUCAGGACUCCACCUUUUCUGCCCCAUUAGCACGUUGGCCAAGUGGUACCACAGAGCUCUUUCAGUGGCAGAGUAGGGUUCUACUCCUGGCUAAGGAGUGUUUGUAAGAUGGUGGCUGACACGGUGGUCAGAAGACAGCAGGUGUAAAAGGGGCAGAAUCAGAAGCUCGGGCUAGUGGUGGUGGUGGGUGUUGUUUGUAGACAAAGCAGCAUUCAGUCUCAAUAAAAGAUGCUUAAGAAUGUCUCCGUGAGGAAAAUGGUUUCAGGUCAGAGCUUUGGUUACGGUGAACGUUUUACUGUAUUACUGAAUGAAGUAAAUAUUUUCCAGUUCUGUAUUUCAUUUUACACACGCUACCUCUGAAACGUAACACCACCUUUAAAACCACACAGAAAAUGUGAAUUAAAAAAUAAAAUAAAAAAGCUUUUAUAGGCAAUAAAUUAUUUCCAACACACAUCCUCCAAUUCUGUGCCUGUUUUUUAGUUGUGUGAAACAUUCAGUUUGUUUUUUGUUC